UCGAAUUGGACGACCAUUACUUAGAAAUUUAACUGAAGUUGAUCUGAUUUCAAUCUCUGGUGAAAGUAAUCAACAUCAUCCUGAAAUUGUAAUGAACAUUGAUGAUCAAGAAAAUGAGGAUUAUCAAGAUAAAAAAAAUUCAGAGAAAAAAAGUAAAAACGAAAAUAUUUCAGGACCUAAUGUAAUGGAAUAUUUCAAAAAGAUACUUAAUUUAUUUACAAUUAUACAUUAUGACAUCAAGAAAAUCGAUGAUAAAUUAGAAGGUCCUGAAAGAUUACAACAACCGGUGCAACAAAUACAACCAAUACAGUCUUCGCAAGUGCAACAAAUGUCUUCACAAAUGCAACAUAUGUCUUCGCAAAUGCAACCCAUUCAACCUCAAGUAGUGCUAAAUGAUAAUGAUUUUCCAAUUUUCAUACAGUUUCUUCCAAUGAAUGAUAUUGAAAGUAUUAAUCACUUUGAGAUGUUAAUUGCAACAAAUCAAGAAGCAGUUGUACAAUUUAGAAGAAUGCUGACUCACAUGGGUGGUCGUUCAGUGAAAGAAAAUAUUCAUCGGGCUUUAAAAAAAAUGUUCACAAAUUCCUGUGCCUUGCAAUGCUCUUGGAAAGGUCGAAAAAAUAAUAUUAAAGUGUCUGAUUUGGGCUUCGUUCAAGUUAUGAAAGAUACUUUUUGCACUGGCUUUCCAGGCAUGACUGAAGUUGAAUUUCAAAAUAUUGGUUCCGAAUGGUUUAGAUUUGCAAGACAACGACUAAUUCGAGAAGAAUCUAAACUAAAUAGAUCAUUAAGCCUAAAAUAUGAACAAAAUAAUUAAACAAAUUUUUUUUUUUAUCACAGAAAAAUUUUUUAUAUAAAUCCGACUCAUACUCAUACAUGAUAAAUGUAAUUGUACCAGUAUAAUAUAAAUAUAAAAUUGCAUAAUUUUUUA